AUGCCACAAUCUGGUCAAAAGAAGAAAUUGGCCGGUUUGAGGGCUAAUUUCAACAUCCUUGGUGAAAAGGAUAAGAUUUUAGUUGCCAACAGAGGUGAAAUUCCCAUUAGAAUCUUUAGAACAGCCCAUGAACUGUCUAUGAGAACCGUCGCUAUCUACUCUCACGAGGAUAGACUUUCUACACACAGAUUGAAGGCGGAUGAAGCCUAUGUGAUUGGUGAAGAAGGUCAAUACACCCCAGUUGGUGCUUACCUUGCCAUUGAUGAAAUUAUUGAUAUUGCUAAGAAACACGGUGUUGAUUUCAUUCACCCUGGUUACGGUUUCCUUUCUGAAAACUCGGAAUUUGCAGACAAGGUACAAAAAGCUGGUAUCACAUGGAUUGGCCCACCUCCAGAAGUCAUCGAAUCUGUUGGUGACAAAGUCUCAGCUAGAAACUUGGCCGCAAAGGCUAAAGUUCCAACCGUUCCAGGUACUCCUGGUCCAAUUAAAACCGUGGAAGAAGCUGAGGCCUUUGUCGCUGAGUAUGGUUACCCAGUGAUCAUCAAAGCUGCCUACGGUGGUGGUGGUAGAGGUAUGAGAGUGGUAAGAGAAGGCGAAGACAUUGGUGACGCUUUCCAACGUGCCACUUCUGAGGCUAAGACAGCUUUCGGUAACGGUACUUGUUUUGUAGAAAGAUUCUUGGACAAGCCAAAACAUAUUGAAGUUCAACUUCUGGCUGACAACCAUGGUAACGUCAUACAUCUAUUUGAAAGAGAUUGUUCGGUACAACGUAGACACCAGAAGGUCGUAGAAGUCGCACCAGCAAAAACAUUACCUCGUGACGUUAGAGAUGCAAUUUUAACAGAUGCCGUUAAAUUGGCAAAAGAAGCAGGCUACAGAAAUGCUGGUACAGCUGAAUUCUUAGUUGAUAACCAAAAUAGACAUUAUUUCAUUGAAAUUAACCCAAGAAUUCAAGUUGAACAUACAAUUACUGAAGAAAUUACUGGUAUUGAUAUUGUGGCCGCUCAAAUUCAAAUUGCAGCCGGUGCUUCCCUAACAGAAUUAGGUCUUCUACAAGACAGAAUUACCACUCGUGGUUUUGCUAUUCAAUGUCGUAUCACAACUGAGGAUCCAGCAAAGAAUUUCCAACCGGAUACUGGUAGAAUUGAAGUUUACGGUUCUACUGGUGGUAACGGUGUUAGAUUAGAUGGUGGUAAUGCAUACGCAGGCGCUGUUAUUUCACCUCAUUAUGACUCUAUGCUGGUCAAAUGUUCCUGUUCAGGUUCCACUUAUGAAAUUGUACGUCGUAAAAUAAUCCGUGCCUUGAUUGAAUUCAGAAUUAGAGGUGUGAAAACUAAUAUUCCAUUUUUGCUAACAUUAUUAACUCAUCCAGUAUUUAUUAGCGGCCAGUAUUGGACAACUUUCAUUGAUGACACCCCACAGUUGUUCCAUAUGGUUUCAUCACAAAACAGAGCCCAAAAAUUGCUACACUACUUGGCUGAUUUAGCAGUCAAUGGUUCAUCAAUUAAGGGUCAAAUUGGCUUGCCUAAAUUAUCUACUAAACCAAACAUUCCACAUCUACAUGACGAAAAGGGUGAGAUUAUUAGUGUCACCAAAGUGGCUCCACCAGAUGGUUGGAGACAAGUGCUAUUAGAAAAGGGACCUGAAGGAUUCGCUAAAGCUGUUAGAGCAUUCAAGGGUACUUUACUAAUGGACACAACUUGGAGAGAUGCCCACCAAUCCUUACUUGCAACAAGAGUUAGAACACACGACUUGGCCGCUAUUGCACCAACUACUGCACAUGCUUUAGCUGGUGCGUUUGCGCUAGAAUGUUGGGGUGGUGCUACUUUUGAUGUUGCUAUGAGAUUCUUACAUGAAGAUCCAUGGGAACGUCUAAGAGUAUUGAGAAAACUAGUCCCAAAUAUUCCAUUCCAAAUGCUACUUCGUGGUGCAAAUGGUGUUGCAUACUCAUCACUGCCAGACAAUGCCAUUGACCAUUUUGUUAAACAAGCAAAGGAUAACGGUGUUGACAUUUUCAGAGUUUUUGAUGCACUAAACGAUUUAGAGCAAUUAAAGGUUGGUGUAGAUGCUGUUAAGAAAGCUGGAGGUGUUGUCGAGGCAACAGUAUGCUAUUCUGGUGAUAUGUUACAACCAGGCAAGAAAUACAACUUGGAUUACUAUCUAGAAGUCACUGACAAGAUUGUUGAAAUGGGUACACAUGUUCUUGGUAUCAAAGAUAUGGCUGGUACUUUGAAACCUACUGCUGCAAAGUUGCUAAUUGGUUCUAUUAGAGCUAAAUACCCAGACCUACCAAUUCAUGUUCAUAGUCAUGACUCUGCUGGUACUGCUGUGGCUUCCAUGGCUGCUUGUGCAUUUGCAGGUGCAGAUGUUGUCGAUGUCGCUAUCAACUCUAUGUCAGGAAUGACUUCUCAGGCAUCAAUCAAUGCCCUAUUAGCAUCUCUAGAUGGGGAAAUUGAUACAGGUGUUAAUGUUAAGCAUGCUCGUGAAUUAGAUGCUUACUGGGCGGAGAUGAGACUGUUGUAUUCUUGUUUUGAAGCUGAUCUAAAGGGUCCCGAUCCAGAAGUGUACGACCAUGAAAUUCCAGGUGGUCAAUUGACUAACCUGUUAUUCCAAGCCCAACAGCUAGGCCUAGGUGAGAAAUGGAUUGAAACCAAGAGAGCUUAUAAAGAGGCCAACCACUUGCUGGGUGACAUUGUAAAGGUUACUCCUACCUCGAAGGUUGUUGGUGAUUUAGCACAGUUUAUGGUUACCAAUCAACUGACAUCGGAAGAUGUUAAACGUUUAGCAAACUCAUUGGAUUUCCCAGACUCUGUCAUGGACUUCUUUGAAGGUUUAAUGGGUCAACCAUACGGUGGUUUCCCAGAACCUUUAAGAUCUGAUAUCUUGAGAAACAAGAGGAGAAAAUUGACAGUUCGUCCCGGUUUGGAGCUUGAGCCAUUCGAUCUUGAAUCAAUCAGAGAAGAUCUUGAAAACAGAUUUGGUGAAAUCGAUGAAUGCGAUGUUGCUUCUUAUAACAUGUAUCCAAAGGUUUACGAAGACUUCCAAAAAAUGAAAGAAUUGUACGGUGACUUAUCUGUGCUACCAACUAAAAACUUCCUAGCUCCACCAAGCAUUGGCGAAGACAUUGAAGUUCAUUUAGAACAAGGUAAGACUUUGAUCAUAAAGCUACAAGCUGUCGGUGAUUUGAACAAAGAGACUGGUAUGAGGGAUGUCUACUUUGAACUAAAUGGUGAAAUGAGAAAGAUUCGCGUACCUGAUAGAUCUCAGAAGGUCGAAAAAGUCUCUAAACCCAAGGCUGACAAUCAUGAUCCAUUCCAAAUUGGUGCCCCAAUGGCAGGUGUUAUCGUGGAAGUUAAGGUCCACAAAGGUUCAUUAGUCAAGAAGGGUCAACCGGUUGCUAUUUUGAGCGCAAUGAAGAUGGAAAUGGUUGUGUCAUCUCAAGCAGAUGGCCAGGUAAAGGACGUGUUUGUCAAAGAUGCCGAAAAUGUUGAAGCUUCCGAUCUUCUGGUUCUUCUAGAAGAAGAAAUUCCGCCACAAGAGUAA